GAUAAGAAAACUAUCGCUGAUGCCGUAUAUGUCUGAUCCUACAAUUAUCGCGAGGGUACAAAAGUACCUAGAACGAAACACUGAUAAAACUUACGUUGAUAUAAACGAAAUAGCUGACGAACUGCAAUCUCAAUAUAGAGAAUACGCAAAACGAAAGCGAAGCGCUUUCAGAGCCUCAGUUAAAAAAGCUUAUACUAUUGUUUUAGCUCGUUACGGACUCGAUUCGGAUAAUACACCCGGAAACAGUGACGAGAGUAGCAUCGAUUUAAACGACUAUACUCCCGAAAACGAUUCCAUGAACAAUCAAUUGGUCGAUCUCUACAAAAAACCCGCACCAAUUAAAAAUAUGGAUGAAAAUGAACUUAUAGAUAUAAGUAGUGAUGAUGAAACAGAGGCACCUCCGUCAUCCGUACCAACUCACAUAAGCAAAGACGUUAGAGUACAUUCUAUAAAUGUAGAUAAAAAUGGUAUACAACCGAUACAUGAAAAUGAGAAAAAUAAGAAACGCAAAAACAGUUACGCCACCAUAACAAACGUAAUUGGUCAACAACAGAAUAAGAAAAGGAAGUACGUAUCUUCUGCUAACGAACUUAGAGAUGGAGAGAUAAAUUUUUCCCAUGUCGGAGGUUUGGAAAAGACACUCGAAGAAGUAGCAAAAUUAUUAUUGCACAUUAACCAUCCAGAAAUAUAUAGAACUAUAGGAAUAACACCUCCAAGGGGUUUUCUGUUACACGGACCUCCUGGUUGUGGUAAAACUUUAUUAGCUCAUGCUAUAGCUGGAGAAUUAAACAUACAGUUGUUCAAGGUAACUGCUCCAGAGUUAGUUGCUGGAGUUUCGGGUGAAAGCGAACAAAGAAUCAGGAAUCUAUUUCAAAGGGCUUUUAUAAAUUCUCCGUGCAUAUUAUUUAUAGACGAAAUAGAUGCCAUUACACAAAGUAGACAAAAUGCGCAAAAAGAUAUGGAAAAAAGAAUGGUGGCACAACUAUUAAGUUGCCUGGAUGAAUUGAAUAAAUCAGAACAAGGCAGUAGAGUUCUUGUAAUAGGAGCUACAAAUAGACCUGAAUCGAUCGAUCCAGCGUUAAGAAGAUCUGGUCGUUUCGAUAGAGAAAUUUGCUUGGGAAUUCCAAAUAAAGAAAGCCGCAUCUCGAUAUUGAAAAUUGUUACUAGAAAGUUGAAACUCGAAUCAAACUUCGAUUUUGAACUUCUCUCUUCAUUAACACCCGGAUAUGUUGGAGCUGAUUUAUUGGCAUUAACAAGGGAAGCAGCUAUGGUUGCAGUUGAUAGGAUGAUAAGAGAAAUGAAAGAAAUCGAGAAAAAGAUAGAGGAAGAAGAAGAAAACGAACCCGUUAUAGUGAAAGCUGGGAAAACUGUAGAAAAAGAUCCAAUCGUAGUUACAGCUACAUCUCCUCCUCCUAUUUCGAAUGUAGAAAAUGAAGAAAAAGAGGAUCCAGAUAUAAUAGUCGAUGACACGCCCGAAAAACCGGCAUCAGCACCUACCGCCCCUUCAGAUAAUCUGUCAGAACCUAUAAUUCUCAUAGAUGACGAAAAUCAAACUAAACCCACGACAACAAAGAAAUUAGGAAUAACUCAAAAUAUAAGCGCUCUGGAUGAAAUAUUAUUCUGGUUACAUGAUCAGUUACCUCUAUCGGACGAAGAAUUGGAAUCACUUAGAGUCACCAUACAAGACUUUAAAGCCGCCUUAAAAUCAGUCCAACCUUCGGCAAAGAGGGAAGGAUUUGUUACUGUACCGGACACAACUUGGGAUGACGUCGGAUCGCUAAACACCAUCAGAGAAGAAUUGCAAUUAUCGAUAGUGGCUCCGGUACGUCAUUCGAAACAGUUCGAAUCGUUGGGUAUAACAGUUCCGGCGGGCGUAUUAUUAUUCGGUCCACCGGGAUGUGGUAAAACUCUUUUGGCUAAAGCGAUAGCCAACGAAGCAGCCAUAAAUUUCAUAAGCGUCAAAGGACCCGAAUUACUCAACAUGUACGUUGGUGAAAGCGAAAGAGCGGUAAGAGUCUGUUUCGAAAGAGCGAGAAACAGCGCGCCGUGCGUCAUAUUUUUCGACGAAUUAGACGCUUUAUGUCCGAAAAGAAGCCAUUCGGACAACAGCGGUACAUCGAGAGUGGUAAAUCAACUGCUAACGGAAAUGGACGGUAUAUCGGGAAGGAAAGGAGUGUUCCUAUUGGCGGCGACAAAUCGAGUAGAUAUAAUAGAUCCGGCCGUAUUAAGACCGGGUAGAUUAGAUAAAGUUCUGUACGUUGGGCUACCGAACGCGGCGGAUAGAGCGGAUAUUUUGAAAGCGAUUACGAAAAAUGGUACAUCUCCCCUUUUAGCGUCGGACGUGUCCCUGUUGGAUAUAGCGGAACGUAAAGAAUGCGAAGGAUUUACAGGAGCCGAUCUAGCAGCUUUGGUACGCGAGGCCAGCGUCGCCGCUUUGAAAGAUUUAUUGUGUUUAACGCAACAAGUGGACCGGGAAGGUCCGUUGGCGGUGACUUUGGAUCAUUUCAACAAAGCGUUUAGGAAAAUUAGAGGAUCGGUAAGCGAGAAAGAUAGAAAUUACUAUGAAAGUAUGCGAAGGACUUUUUCUUCGGAUAGGAAGGAUAGUGAAGUCGAAGAAAUGGAAUUAUCCUAAGUUAUAAAUUUUUCAUUUUAUAUUUUUUAAGAUUUUCAUUGUAUACAAUAUUAUGCGGUGGUAAUAUAAUGAUAUUGUUGUUUUAAAUUCGAUAAUAAAAGUUUAUUUUAAAAUCUCUUACAAUCAAUCAGUGACGUUUUAAUCGAAUUGUUUUAAAUUAAUUUUCAACUUUUCGCCAAAUUAUUUGUUUAUUAUUUAGAAAUGAUUGUUAGGUUAUUCAAUCGAAUUAUCAACAAAAUGUACCUAUUUUUUUGAAAUAUAAUAACUUUAGGUGAAAUUUUUGUUUUAUUUUACCCUUUACCAAAUCUACCAAACAAACCUACAAAUAAUAGACUAAAUCCCUAACGAACGCCACUGCUUUUAAAUUUGCCACUAAAGGCGCUGUUAUAAUACAAACGUAUGUCUUUUAUUAAUAAACUCACAAUUUGACGUUUGAUACAUUCGCCGUAAAGUUUCCAACAAACAGUUA